CCCGUUCCUCUUUGAACCGACAAGCCAAAGCGAGGGCUCCGGCUCUAAGACUUGCCGGUAUCUCGGCACGCUUCUGCAAACGGCAUCCGUCUGUGGUCGUGUUUGCCGCCAGCUUCUUCCUCGCUGGGAUUCCAUCUUUACUGUGGCCUGAAGGAAUGUCCCGCUCUUACGGGCGCCCCGUUCCAGUGACGCUCGGUGUGAGAAGCGACAGCAUCUCCACCUGGGCUGUUUGCCCAAGAUUGUAUUGGGUUGUACAUUAACCUGCAGCUGAGUAUGGCUGGCCCCUGAUUUUAAGGAGCCAGGACGAUGCCGGACAUCUCGCCGACCUUUCAACGGCAAACAUUGACAUUGAGACAUGCCCCUCUCUCGUCCAGCCCUCUCGUGCUAAUUUAAAUACCUUCCCAGCAGCCCCCAAGCCCUCCAGGCACCCCCCUGGACUCACUGCUCUAACGUCUGUAGUCCGCAGGCUUUGCUGUCUAUUCCGAGACACCCUCUCGAGUGUUCCCUGUGGGGAAGUCCGCGCGGCUUGACGGGUGACGGCGCUCGAGCGUCUGCGUUCAGUAUCGCUCCCGCUUUUUUUGGCCCCUCGGAGAACACGCCGUCAGGGCUAAACUGUCCCUCUCGGGUUUGUUGUGAAACGCGUCCGCGCGCCUCCAGCACGUGGUUGGCGCUCUUUACGCGUCACCUUACCGCUUCACACUGGUGCGGCUGCUGAGCUGGUGAGGAGCCGUGGGCUAAAAGGAACAGCUCGGCAAGGGGAUUGCGCCUCGCUCGCAGGAGCGGGAUAGAGCAGGACAGAGGCGGUGUCGGAUAGCGAGGUGAAGUUCUGCCAUGCAAGCCCAGGAGCUGCUGCGCCACUUCCGCAUCCCGGAGCUGGAGGACUUGCGCCAGUAUGUGCGUAGCCUGCCCACCAACACGCUCAUGGGCAUGGGCGCCUUCGCAGCCAUCACCACCUACUGGCUGGCGACGCGGCCGCGUGCCAUCAAGCCACCCUGCGACCUGGGCAUGCAGUCCGUGGAGGUCGAGGGCGGAGAGUUUGCUCGCAAGUCGGUGCUGAUGAGCGGCGAUGACAAGUUGAUGACGUACUACUACAGCGACACCCGGACUAUGUAUGAGGUGUUCCAGCGAGGGAAACGCGUGUCCAACAACGGGCCCUGCCUGGGCUCCCGGAAGCCCAACAAGCCCUACGAGUGGCUGUCCUACCAAGAGGUGGCAGACCGGGCCGAGCUGCUUGGGUCGGCGCUGCUCCACAGGGGACACUCGCAGGCCGGCGAUAAGUUCAUUGGGAUCUUCUCCCAGAACCGACCAGAGUGGACAAUCAGCGAGCUGGCGUGUUCCACCUACUCCCUGGUGUCUGUCCCCCUGUACGACACUCUGGGCGCAGAGGCCAUCGAUUACAUCAUUGACAAAGCCUCCAUCUCCACGGUGCUAUGUGACGUUGCCGAGAAGGCCAGGCUCAUCCUGGACUGCGUAGCCACCAAGGAGCACACGGUGCGAACCCUGGUGCUCAUGGAGCCCUUCGACGCUGAGCUGGUGGCCAGAGGCAGGAAAUGCGGCAUCGAGAUCCUGAGCCUCAAGGAGCUGGAGGGCAUCGGCGCGGUGCAUCACAAAGCACCUGCGCCGCCCAAACCCGAUGACUUGGCCCUGAUCUGCUUCACCAGCGGAACCACGGGAAACCCGAAGGGCGCGAUGCUCACACACAGAAACGUCGUGUCCAACUGCUCUGCCUUCAUUAAAAUAACCGAGAUGUACUGCAUGUUAAAACCCUCCGACAUCCACGUGUCCUACCUGCCGCUCGCCCACAUGUUUGAGAGGGUCGUUCAGGAGGUGGUUCUGUGCCACGGCGCUCGGAUCGGCUUCUUUCAGGGCGACAUCCGUCUGCUGAUGGACGACCUGAAGAUGCUGCGGCCGACCGUGUUCCCCGUGGUUCCUCGGCUGCUGAACCGCAUGUUUGACAGGAUUUUCGGACAGGCGAACACGCCGCUGAAGCGCUGGCUGCUGGACUUCGCCUCUCGCAGGAAGGAGGCCGACCUGAGGAGCGGCGUGCUGAGGAAGGACAGCAUGUGGGACCGCCUCAUCUUCAGCAAGGUGCAGGCCAGUCUGGGCGGCCGCGUGCGGCUCAUGAUUACUGGAGCGGCUCCCGUGUCUCCCACAGUGCUCACUUUCCUGCGGGCAGCGCUGGGUUGCCAGUUCUACGAAGGCUACGGACAGACAGAAUGCACUGCUGGAUGCACCUUGUCCAUGCCUGGUGACUGGACAGCGGGUCACGUGGGGGCCCCUCUGCCUUGCAGCCUGGUGAAGUUGGUGGACGUAGCGGAUAUGAAUUACUACGCCAUCAACGGGGAGGGAGAGGUGUGUGUGAAAGGACCAAACGUUUUCCAAGGCUACCUGAAAGACCCGGAGAAGACGGCGGAAGCCAUGGACAAGGAUGGCUGGCUGCACACCGGUGACAUCGGCAAGUGGCUGCCGAACGGCACCCUGAAGAUCGUGGACAGGAAGAAGCACAUCUUCAAGCUGGCUCAGGGCGAGUACAUUGCGCCCGAGAAGAUCGAGAACAUCUACAUGCGCAGUGACCCGGUGGCCCAGGCCUUCAUCCACGGUGACAGCCUGCAGGCGUGCCUGGUUGGCAUCAUAGUGCCCGACCCGGAGAUCCUGCCCAGCUGGUCCAAAAGGAGGGGCCUGGAGGGCUCCUACGCGGAACUGUGUAGGAGCAAGGAGCUGAAGGACGCCAUCCUGGAGGACAUCCUCCGGCUAGGCAAGGAAGCUGGUCUGAAGUCCUUUGAGCAGGUGAAGGACAUCGCCCUGCACGCCGAGAUGUUCUCCGUCCAGAACGGGCUCCUCACCCCGACCAUGAAGGCCAAGCGGGCCGACCUGCGCAGCCACUUCCGGGAGCAGAUUGAUGAGCUGUACGCCAAAAUCAAGAUGUAGGCGAGGCGCUGUGGGCAGGGAUGGGGAAGGCCUGUGGGCGGGCACCCCUGCUGUGCCACAGCCCCGCCCCCCACGUUGGACUUCAGGGAAACAGGAACACUCACACAGGCCAUUUCUUUUAUCUUUAUUGUUAUUGUUUUUAAUUAACUGGAUGUCUUGCCACUCACUGUGUUUGUGGCCGCGUAGGAGGGAGGAGGACGGUGCGAGCGGAGCCGCCGGAAGUGGCCGCCCUGCCCCUCCCCUAACCUUUUUUACCUGCUGUUUCGAGACCCCCCUGGGGCGGCAGUUCCUCUGGGGACAAGAGAAACCCCCUGUUAACACCUAUAUCACACCUACAUCACACCUACACCCUGCAGAUGCCCAAAGUUGGUGCACAGGGCAGGGCCAGCCAUAUUUGUUAGGGCUGGUUGCCAUGGUGAGGGAGGGGGAGAUCAGAGGGAGAAACACAGCACAGUCAUGCGUGCAGUACGUACACAUCAGUGUGUUCUCUUCCCGUCGGCGAUAUGAUCCAUGCCGCAGUGUAAACGCAGGUGUGACUGAACGUGGUCACGCAGGUGAGACGCCACCGCUCUUUACCACAUUCAUCAGACCUGGUUAUAUCUUGCAGGCAGGGGAGGUAUCAGUGGCACAACAGUGUUAGAGGAAAGGGGCUCUUGAACAAGCAUGAUGGGGGGCGGGGGCGGGGAAUGAGCCGAGUGCUACAGGUUUUUUUUGACCUGCAUUUCUAAAACACACACACACUGUGACACAAGCUGCAGGAGGACCCGACUGCCCCGGCGCUCGGUGACCGAUGUGUGUCUGCGCUGCCACAUUAGAGCCUCAUUUCAUACCUUCUCCUGAAGUGCCCUUCGGAACGCCCCCCCACACCCGGCCGAACCUCGUCUCGUAGCUCUGAAUGGAAGCGGGCUCCUCGUUCCCACGGAUUGCAGGGUUGUCAUUGCCAGGGCAACAUGGCCGUUGGGAUUCGCGCUCUUGGACAGAUGCACCUGCACCUAAAGCAUUCGUGUGGCUGUGUUGCGCUUCUGCGUGUUUUGGGUGCGGCCGUGCGAGCUUUUUCCAGGGAGGGAGGGAGGUGAAGGGGCUUAUUUACUAGGACUGACUGACUGACACCGCUGUGCUCUUCCUGCACCCCCUAAAGGCUCAGGAAAAGGCUCUGAGAUGCGAGCUUCCGCUGUAGGACAAGGUGACGGAGCUGAGAAUGGAGACCGAGCUCAUUUUGUGUUGUUACUCCAGAGAGGUGGCGCUUUGGGCUCGUUGUUCCUUUCAUACUCAUCCUCAGCGAGUCCAAGGUGAGAAAAGACACGCUGACUGCGAGUGUGGUGAAAUUUACAUUUAUUUAUUGAGCAGACGCUUUUCUCCAAAGCGACUUCCAAUGGAUACUAUG